GCUUGAGCUCGCACCACUCAUUGACCCAGUACCUUUUUCGCUUGUCUUGUCUUCUUGGCCAUGUCUCCCGCUCUUCCGUCACCAAUAAUUUCCCGGCUCAGCUCAGGGUGUUGUCACUCUUAAGCAAUCCGCAGCCCACCUGAUCAACUCUGACCUCAGGCCCAAUUUCUCCCUUGACGGACCACUUGCGACCCUUUAUUUUUUGUUUGGACUAUUCUCCAUUCGAUUCAAUUUGCCCGGCCACUGGAUGAGUCUCACACUUCUCUCGAAUUCAUUUUCAGCAGUUUCGCUUCACCAACAGAUUCCUUGUCGGUAUAUAUUUGGCUGUUUCGUCAGGUGCCCUGCCAUACAUUUGUACCUGCCGUGCCCCAACUCACGCGACUCGACUCCGCAGCGCAAAAAAAGCCGCCUCGCUCAUUUCUCCAACCAGUUCGCUUCUGACACAUCAGAAAACACCACACCCAUUGGGAUCAACCGCGACAGCCCUACACAUCUUUCGCUCGCUUCCGGAAGACUCUUUAUGCUAGCUCUUACCACUGCGGAUGUUAUAGCUUAGGACUCCGAACGGUGUGGUAUUCUUUCGUUGUUUGUAUAAGAAGAAAAAGGGCAAGAAACAAUUCGGCAUCCAACGUGUUUACUUUCUUGGUUGUCACUACUACAAGGGCUCCUGGUACCUCUGUUGAUUCUUUUUUUUUUUUCUCUCUUUUUUUCUUCUUCUUUUUGGGCGAAUGCACGCUUGCCGGCCUAGCAAGUCCAGAUUGCUACAUUGGGAAGGAAGCCACAAAAAGCCUUGAUCUUGAGAAAUUCAACAAGGUCCUGAGCAAUCGGCAGACGCAACCAAAAUCCGAACGGCGCACAUAGAUUCAGCGCGUGUGCGAGACUGCGACUCGUAUCUUCAUCUGGGCACUGCAGCAUAUCCAGAAAGACAUUGAAGACGAGCCCGCCGCGCGAACUGAACAGCCGCCUGUUUGCCGCCUUUGGAGACUCGGUUACCGCCAGUGUCCCCCUGACGGCCUUUUCUGCAGCCAGGUCAGGACACCUUUGUAACUUGGCGCCGGGCGACCAUCCCAAAGCUGGGGUUCUUUGGAUACACGGCGCACUCAGGAAGGCGGGCCACUGCAUUCACCCUCUGCAGCCUCGGCUUGUUUUGUUUCCCGCCCAAGUGCAGUGCAGACUGAAGACAGGCAGAUAAUCAGCCCCGUACAGACGCAGCUGGCACUCCUGCGCUGUGGAGACUCGCUCUCAUAGUGCAUCGCAUCAGCAGCUUGGUUGAUAUCCCAAUCCAGCCGCCUGCAUAACAAGCCUGCCACAUCAUCAAUUUGCCGUCAAAUCGCGCCGCACCACCUUGUAAGGCCUCCGUCUGCCCAAUCGCCCCAGACUGUUCGACCUGUACAUGUCUGCACCUAGGUCUCGUGCCGUACCAGUACCAAGCAGAUACCUGGUCCCACUUUGACACCGAGACAGGCCAGAGUCGGCCGCCGUUCUGCCAGCCGGCUGAUCAACAACCCCAACGCCGAUCGCCUUGCGGCUGCAACGCAACCCCCCUUGUUUAUACACACUUACUUAUACCGUUGCUACCUCGCUCCUCUGGACUUCAUCAGCCUCAAAAGGCCCUUGACCCCGAGCUCUCUCCAACAAGGCCCCGCCCGCUUUUCACCCAAAACCUACUACUGUCACAACUGGCUUUGGAGAAAAUGCAUUCGCAAAAAUCAGAGCUUCAUAUAUAACCUUCAAGCCUUAUUCUAAGCUGGAGCAAUUCUCUCAUUCGCAUACCCUUGUCAGCUGUACCAUCCACUAGCCCCAACAAAGGGCAGACUUUCACAUGAUGACUUCCUCUACCACAUCCGCCGUCAUGGCGGAAAGAUCACCAGCUGCUUCACCCAGUAGCACACCGUCCUCAAUGACUCCCCACACAUUUCCCGUGCACCCAAGGAGAAUACGCCCGAGCAACCUGCAAACAAACUUUACCUCCAGCCCCCAUCAAGUGGCCAUCCCCCCAUCUGCAAUCAGUGCUUCCUCGGUUUCCGUGGCAUCGAGUUUGCAGGGCUCGCCCGUCUUCUCCCUGGAUGCUGCACCAGGACUUACACAAAGCAGCUCAAUACAAGCAUCCCCGGAACCGUUACGGGGCAGAGAUCCUGAACAGUACCCUUCAGGGUUUCAACUACCAGAACCGGUAUUACCACAAUCAUCGCUGUCGCGGAAAACAAGCAUGGGGUCACUGUAUCAACCAGCACAGCCUUCUGGCAACUCAUCUUUGCCCGAAGUCCCAAACAAGGGCCUAUUCCGCAGGCUCUCAAACAAGGCCACAAACACCUUCAGGUCGCCGAGAAGGCAAUCAUCAGCUCACGGAACCAAACGGGGUGCCAGCGUUGGACCCGGACUUGCCAGACCACGCCAACGAAGUAACAGCGAUCUCACAAACCCCUUCACAGACUCGGACGACGAGCCUUUUAUUGACCUCGACGACAAGAUCUCUUUCCUCAACAUUUCUGUUGAGUCUAAUGGCCGAGAUUUGUCACCAACAAGUGCCCCGGCAUCCAUCAACGGUAGCAAUUCCUCUAGUGGUCCUAUGACUGUCGUCGCUGGUCCCACCUAUCCUCUGGAGCUACUCCAAGGAACCAAGGUUACAAAGUUCGCUAAAAAGAGGGGCUCCACAACCAGCCGAAAACAGCUGAUGCUGGUACUGGACGCCGAAUCUGCCAAGAUCACCUGGGACAAGAGCAAACCUUCCAAGUCUAUCUACAUCGACGAUAUUAAAGAUAUCCGGACGGCAGAAGACAUUCGCCAGUACAGGCUCGACUUUGGCAUUCCGGAAUCCGAGGAGCCCCUCUGCUUCUCAAUCAUCUACGCCACCCACGACGUAAAGCCGAAGACAAAGAUGAUGCACCUUGUGGCUGGAGAUCCUGCCAUCGUGGAUAUGUGGGUUUCGACCUUGCACACAAUCUCCAUGCAUCGUCAAGACAUCAUGUCUUCUCUCAUGGCCUUUAACGAUAAGGCCAUUAGGACUUACUGGAAAAACGAGCUGCACAAACAACUGAAGAAUACCAGCAACAACGGUGAGGAAAACAUCGAUUUCCUCGGUGUUGAGCGCGUGUGCCAAAACCUUCAUAUUCACGUAUCCUCCGAGACUUUGAAGGAGAAGUUUCUGGAGGCGCUAGGGACUUCGUCUGUUGAUGCCGAUGCAUCCGUUAAGAACGGUCGUCUCAACUUCAGCCAGUUUCAGGAGUUUGUGCGACUCAUGAAGAGACGGGCCGACAUUCGCCCCAUCUUUCGCGAAAGGGCGUCCGAUAUCGAACGUGGCAUGACGCUUCUUGACUUCGUCAGUUUUCUUACAGAUGUGCAAAAUGAGGACGUCGACGCCGACAGGGCCUACUGGGAGGCCAUCUUCGCUCGCUUUGCUAAACGCAACAAGUCCAAGGAUCUGGAGGGCGAUGAUGUUCCGCGCAUCAGCGAAGCUGCCCUGGUCAGCUUCCUGACUUCGACCUACAAUGUCCCCAUCGUCAGCGCUCCCAAAAACUACACCCUCGACCGACCGAUCAACGAAUACUACAUCUCGAGCUCGCAUAACACCUACCUUCUGGGACGUCAAGUUAUGGGCUUUUCCAGUGUCGAGGGAUACAUCUCGGCGCUGAUGCGCGGUUGCCGAUCCGUAGAGGUUGACUGCUGGGACGGUGGUGAUGGCUGGCCUCUUGUGUCUCAUGGGUGGACGAUGACCACUAACAUUGCCUUUCGCGAAGUGAUGAACGUCAUCAAUAAGUACGCUUUUGUCAAGUCCGAAUUCCCGCUAUGGAUAUCUCUCGAAGUUCACUGCAACCCGGACCAGCAGAGGAAGAUGGUGGCGAUCAUGAAGGAAAUCUUUGGGGCCAGGCUAGUCACCGAGCCUCUGGAAGGUCUCCCCGCCGACAAGCUCCCUUCGCCAUCGCAGCUCAAGAACCGUAUUCUGAUCAAGGCAAAGAAGCCGGGUCACGAGGAGCCCAACCCGGAGCGGACCGGACGCCGACGAGGCAACAGUCUCACAUCUCCCUACACGAAGCCAGUCAUGCUUGACAACUCAACCAUCCCUUCCCAGUCGCUUCCGCACAGCCCCCUGCUUACUCCUACGCACUCGCAAAUUCGCCGCAUGGGAGCCAAGACUCGCGUCAACACAAUAACCGAGGGUAGAGUCCAUGAUUCGACGAGCGGUAGCCCCAGUGACUGCGACAGCGGCAGUGAGCGCGAUAUUCAGCAGCCCAUCAGCCCCAACAGUGGCACCAGCAAAAUUGUCAAGGAGCUUGGCGAUCUUGCCGUGUACUGCGCCGGCAUCAAGUUUUCUGGUUUCGAACACCCAGACUCCAAGACGGUCAAUCAUAUCUUUUCCUUCCACGAGGGCACGUUCCAAAGGCACGGGAGGCCCGGAGAUGCGAAGCGCGCCCUCUACCGACACAACAUGCGCUACAUGAUGCGCGUUUAUCCUCACCGUGGCAGGGUUUACUCGAGCAACUUCGACCCGCUUCUCAUGUGGCGCCGUGGCGUGCAAAUGGCUGCACUCAACUGGCAGACGUUCGAUCUGGGCAUGCAGCUCAACCAUGCCAUGUAUGAUGGUGGUAUGGAUCAGUCGGGCUACGUUCUCAAGCCCAAGGAGUUCCGCGAGAUCCAGCACUUCCCGUACCUGCCCGAGCACAUGGUGGGCGGCAAACGGCCUCGCAAGAACGUCAAGUUCAGCAUUGAUGUCAUUUCUGCCCAGCAGCUCAUGCGACCUCACAAUCUUCGGGAUCGUCACACGCUUGACCCGUACAUUGAAGUUGAGGCAUUCCUGGCUGACGACAAGCGAAACACCAACAAGGAGUACUCUGACGCCGGGCCAAGCAAGACUAAGCACAAGACCCCCAUCGCCAAAGACAACGGCUUUAACCCCAUCUUCGACCAGAGAUACAACUUCAACUUCAACACCAAGUACCCUGAUCUCAUAUUCAUCCGAUGGACCGUCCGUCUCUCGGAAGGCGGGAGCCAAAGCGACCGUAGCACGAUUCUUGGUACCUUUACUGCCAAGCUUACCAGUCUCAAGCAGGGCUACCGCACCCUACCCCUGCUCGAUGCCAACGGUGAUCAAUACCUUUUCUCAACCCUAUUCUGCCGUAUCAAAGUCGAAGCUCCAACCGACAUCUACAUCGACUACCAAGAAGGUACCGAGAGUGUUAACAAGCUUCGCAGCCUUGGGCGGACCGUAUUCAACCGCUCCAACAACAGUCCCAAGUCCAGCGUCGAUGGCGGUAGUCAAUAAAAGCUAUCGUCGCCGCUCCAGUGGCAGGGGCGAAACGAGAAGAUCGCCGUUCGAUCUGCAUUGUACUACCAACCUUAACGAUGUCCACGUCUCAUUCGUUCUCAAUUCCCUUUGUCAGAGCUUGGGCCAUAUUCUGUCAUUUUUGACCACCAUGUACACGCCUGUCUGGGUGCAGACCCACGAUUGCGUCUUUGUUAUUGUUUUUUUAUUAUUAUUAUCUUUGGCUUUGAUUUGUAAUGUGGUUCCGGUUUUUAUUACAGCACGAAAAUACCCCCUAGGUUCGUGACCAUGCUCAUAAGAGCGGCACGGAAAGCAUCAAAAAGCAACCAAGAAAAGUGUUGCCAUUCUCAUACCCUACGGCGUCCAAAUAACCUUGUCUCGUUUUUAUUUUUGGGGGUUUUCUUUGCCAUCCCCUGCUGGCUUCUCUUCCAGGCAACCAGUCCUGAGGAUAUUACUGCGCGCAGGAGACGACAUUUUGUGUACAACUUUUGUUUCUUUUUUUUUCACGUAUAGGCUUUCAUUGGGAGAAAUAUCAGGGUGGCAUACAGUCCAAUUAACAAGAGGAAAUAGGGUCGGGUUUAUCGUUUUUCGUCCGGUAUUUACAGAAGCAUAUAUGCAUGUCGGGAGUUUUCAUUUUUAUACUGGGUAGACAACUGGGCUCAACUGGUAUCAAAGGGCACAAUGAGCGAGGACUCUUUACACAAACACAGAAUAGUCAGUGUUUUAUGCCUCUUACUUUUGGAUAAUUUGCGAUUGCUUUCCCUUGAUUUUUGUUUGUGUUUUGGAACAAGAUUUGGUGGAUCACUCCUACAGGACUGUACCGACACUUGGGGUUUGUCCUCUAUGUUUCAGGGCCGGGAAUUGCAGCUUUCAUGUUUAAAGUUUAGCUUGUCUUCUCAGGAGUCAGGACUCUACGUCACAGAAGCCUAGGCUUCUCUUUUUUAGCCUGACGAUAUGUGAGCACGAUACAAUCACACUUCAAUUGCCCGCCACUAUCUACCUAGUCACUAAGAAUGCCCAAGUCUAAACUUACACAGCCAUGGAAGUAGUAGAAAUUUGAUGAAGAAAAGAAAUGUGGCUUAUCUCUGCAGAAAGCUAUUCGAUAAUGGCGCC